AUGAUUUGGCAAAACGGCAUGCCGUGUGUGUGAUUACUGAUUAGUCAUUGACAUCGCGGAGUUCAACUGAAAAGCUUGGAGAGCGCAGUGCAGUGCAGGGAAAUGGCAGCAACGGUAGCCUGUCAAAAGCUUCUGGAAUUGAGCACUAAGAUCGUUGGCGUUGGCAGAAACUACGUUGCUCACGCUAAAGAACUAGGCAACGCCGUUCCCAAGGAACCAGUCUUGUUUCUUAAACCGACGUCGUCUUACUUGGAAAAUGGUGGAACCAUCCAAAUCCCGCACAACGAGGGUUCUCUGCAUCAUGAGGUCGAGCUGGCUGUUGUCAUCGGCAAGAAAGCUCGUGAUGUCCCGGAAUGCUCUGCUAUGGAUUACGUUGCCGGUUAUGCACUGGCACUGGAUAUGACUGCCAGGGACCUUCAAGCUGCUGCUAAGUCUGCAGGUCUUCCAUGGACUUUAGCAAAAGGCCAGGACACUUUCACACCAAUCAGUUCUAUUUUGUCCAAGACUACAGUGCCCAGCCCUGAUGAUCUAGAAUUAUGGAUAAAGGUAGAUGAGGAAAUUCGGCAGAAGGGAUCAACCAAGGACAUGAUCUUUAAGAUCCCGUUUCUAAUUAGCCACAUAAGUUCUGUCAUGACAUUGUUUGAAGGAGAUGUCAUACUAACUGGCACUCCUCCAGGUGUUGGUCCUGUGAAAGAAGGUCAAACAAUUACUGCGGGUAUUACAGGCCUUGUGGACGUACAGUUUAAUGUUGAAAAAAGAAAACGUCCCGGAAGUUCUUGUUGAUAUGCUCUUGUUAUUACCCACUAGAGUACUUUAAUUCUGCGGCAGGGGAUCUCUUGCCAAGGAGAAACAAAGUGGGGCACACCAUAAAAAACAAUCUUAUUUGUAGUUAAGUUCAAGGUGUAUAUGCCUCUUAUCAGGUUGUUUUCUAUUUAUGGUCAUUGAAUAAGUACUCUGGAUCUCGGUGGAAGUGCUGUUUUAGACUCGUUACACAUGAAAAUGGUGAUAACUAUUUAUUGAGGAAAACAAUGAUUAUGAUGGA